UUAAUUCCGACCGACUUGACACACCGCUGUAGUUCUUGUUCGGCUUUAGCUUGAACUUCAUGUGCCAAACUCCUGACAGCCCGAGUCUCAGGAGAUCAUGAGACGGUUCGGGGCGGCGGACGGCACGAACAGAAGAUAUGAGCGGCUGCUGGAAAGUUAACCCGAGUUUCCGAGAGGCGGCCAUUAAAAGCCGUCGCUUUCUUCUCUGGUGAGGUCGAAUCGAGCUAAUAGGAACCGAGCGAGCGACAACUUCUAACCCGAGCCAGUCGGACCUGGAGCGGGGAGACGACGACGGAGAGAAGCGUUUAAAAACAACCCUUUUUACAUUUUACAGACUUCUUCUUUAUUUCCAGCCACAAUGCUGAAGCUUUGCCUACAGAGAGCUCUUCUACCGGCUGUACAGAAGUUACCGUCGGCACCGGGACCGGCACCGGGACCGGCGGCGGCGGCGGUGAUAGCGGCGAGGCUGCCGGGGAUAGGGCGACACACACCGAGCUGCUCUCUGGGAACACACGGGAGGAACGAGCCGAGGGAGCCGCUCAACUCCCCCAAGAGAGCCAAAGAGUUCAUCUACCGCCUCCAGUCGAAGGAGAGGAGCUGUUUACUGAAGGAGCUGCAGAGCUUCGAGUCCAUAGCCAUCGCUCAAGAGACCCUGGAGCCAUCGCCGCCGACUGCAGCCCAGAUCAGAUAUGUUUUGUUCCACAAUGCCCUUCCCUUUGUUGGAUUUGGCUUCCUCGAUAAUGCCAUCAUGAUCGCAGCGGGAACGCAGAUUGAACUCUCUAUCGGAGUCACUCUGGGGAUCUCCACCAUGGCUGCGGCGGCUCUGGGGAACCUGGUUUCAGAUUUGGCAGGUCUCGGUCUUGCAGGUUAUGUGGAGGCUCUGGCUUCCAAACUGGGGAUGCAGGGUCCCGAUCUGACGCCCAAACAGGCGGACAUGUGGCAGACCAGGGUCAGCUCUCACAUGGGUAAAGCCAUCGGAGUGUCCAUCGGCUGUAUUCUGGGGAUGUUCCCGCUGUUUUUUCUGGGCGACGAUGACGAUAAGGAGAAAGAAGCAGAAACCUCCAGUGACACAGCGUCACAUUCUUCCUAACAAGCUAUUACAGCUACACAACACAGUGACACCUACAGACUGGAUACUGCUGAUGUCAAAAACUAAGUAUUUGCCGUUUGGAUGUUUCUCUGUCCUCGUGCUCAGGCAGCGUUCACACUCCCUCAGUCUCCAAACCCUCUACAGCCGUCUGUGUAAACUUCACUGGCUGAUGAUGAUAUUUAGCUCCAUCGCUUCCUCUGAAGCACCGAGCGGUGGUAUUUUCACACUGUCUGCUCCAUCAAGACACGCCGUCUGUUAAUUCAAUAUGUCAGUUUAAUUGGAGGUCUCAUUAAAAUUUUUGUCGAGGGAUGGGGCGCAGGAGGAAUCUCAUCAGUUAUGAUUUUAUCAUCCAAUCAUUCUGUUUGCUUCUCGUUUUAUCAUUGAGAUGUUUAUCUGACAUUUCCACACGUCAUUUACCGUUAGCACAAGUAAGGAACGGUUAAUAAAGUUUGCAAACUGACUCAAUCAUGUCAGUUACACAGCAGAAUCUAUUAAUAUUGUUCAUUUAGAAGGAGCAAUGCACCUGAAUCUACACUGAGGUGCAUCAGUGUAAUGUGGCCAGGGUUAGCUCAACAGUUGCUCCGAUGGUCCCUGAACAACUAAAACCUGACAAAUGGAUGAAAAAUAAAUCGAGUUUAAAACACUAAUAAUGAAGUAAAGUUAAUCUAUAAAGCUUUAAUAUCCAUGAAUAUAUAUGUUAAGUUUUUUAACAUGAGCUACAAUUAGCCACCAUUGGUCAUACCAGACCAAGUAAGGCUGCGGCGACAAGAACAAAUUAUAAACUAAUGUAACAAAAACACAACAAGUCUUCUAUUCAGGUGAUUAUACACUAAUGAAAACAUACCUAUUAAUACUAAAUCCCAUUUCUGCUUACAGAUCCUCCUAAAUGCUACACACAGGACCUUUUAAGCAAGACUCAUUUAAUCCUGGACUUCCAGCAUCUCUGUACUUACUAUACUCAUCCUCAUCAGAAUGCCUUCCAGGAGAGACUCCAUGUUUUAACAAUAUCACGUCUCCUCCGUCUCUAUUACAGCCGCCUUCAAGUGUGGCUGUUCACAACAACUAUAAGUACUCUUGAUUUCAAGCAGAGCUCUGUCAGACCCAGAAAUGAAGCCACUUGUUUGACAGACAGUUUAAUCCUUUCAUUACACAUGUUGCAGCAAAUAGAAGAGCUGCACCGAUCUGAUAAGCUGGAUCGCUAUCAGCCCCCCGUUACAGGCCAGACGAGGGGAAAUAGUUGGUACAACCCUAAUUGAAGCAUAACCUUGCUGGUGCUUUUGCCACUCUUGCCUAUAAUCAGUAUUUUGCAUGUUUUCAACCAUCUAGUUCUCAAAGAUUUGGCCACAUUUAAACAUCUUCUGCUACGGCUCAGACCUCGGUUGUUAAUUAGAGGAAUCGAUGGCGUUGAGGCUAAAUUAUUCUUAUAAAUGAGGCGAUUUGGUUGCCAGUUGAAACCAGUCUUGAACUUCCAUCUUAGGCUGUGAGACUGCACAGAUGCCUGUUGUGAACGCUGCCUGAGUAGCUCCCAGGAUGGGAAGAGCUCACCCGUCUCAACACCGUCAGACAACAGCUGUGAUUUGGAUUCUUCCUCUUUGUAAAUGUCAGCCUCUGCUGCAGGGUAUUAAACAUCCUCUUCUUUCCCACAGAGGAGACCAGAAAUCCAAUUUCACUGUUUACCAACCAGCAGUAUAGAAACUUCCAGGUGAGAGCGGUGGUUGUUUCCCAUCCUGACAGUAGAAACUCAAACCGUACGUACUCACCAACUGUUCACGCAGUUGGAACACUAUUUCAGCUUGAAUGUCUUUUCAGAUACUUUAUACAUUUAAACACUAUUGUGGGUCAAAACAACAAAUGUUUCUUGUAACUUCAGCUGAAACUGAGCAGAGACAAAUAUACAGUCUCUGCACUCCGGCAGUUAGGGUCUUGUGCAUCUUUAAACUUUUACCAAAAAAAAAACUGUGUAAAUACAAAGGAAAGGAACAGUGUCACUGCUACCUCGGUGGGAAUAUUUUAGGUGUUUUGCAUGAAGAACCGAUGUAGCUCUAUAAUCAGACUCUUUAUUUCCAUAUCAGAUGGUUUUUAAUAUGCUGGAAUGUCCUCAGAUGUUGAGUACGGGAACGAACGAAGGAGGCGCUAUCUGGAAAACUUUACGCUGAUGUUUGCUUUCCAAGCUCUUUCUGUGUUUUUCUGUCUGCACCAUCUUCUUUUCUCUUUUUCACUGCUUUCUCUCUCACAGACAGUUGACUUAAAUCCAGCCGUCUGUGUAAUUCGUUUUUUAGCUCGUGUUUCAUCAGACUUGAAGCUCCAGAUGGUUGGGACUGGAGUCCUAAACAGUUUAUGCCAUGACAAGUUCAGUUCAGUAGUUUUCAGUGAUCUCUGUGACUCUCUCUCUUUCUCCCUCUCUCACACUCCAGCUUUCAGCAUAGUCGAGGUGUUUCUUUGUAAUUAUUGGGAAUCCAGUUGAUCCUUUUCACCUGUUGAAUCACUGGCUGCAUCCAGAAUCACUCCCUAUUUACUACGUAUUUGAGUGUCAGAAAUUAGGGUUGCAACAAUUAUUGUCAUUACUGACUAAUCUGUUGGUAAUUAUGAUUCAUUUAUCAAUUGUUUGUUCUAUAAAUUGUCCAAAGAAAUGUCCAUCACAACUUUGACCAGGUCAAACCCAAAGAUGUUCAAUUUAAAAUCAAAUAGUAGAAAUAUAGUAAUAUAGUAGAUUUUUUUGGGAGCUGGAACUGGACAAUUGUUUUAUGUUUUUUGCUUGAAAUGCUUCAGUUACACAAAUUUAAAUGUUUCUGUAAAGUAAUUAGCUAAACAUUUCUGUGCUAGUCUGAGUUCUUCACAUUUAUCUACUUUAUAGUGCUCUCAAACAAUCCCAUAAUGCAACUGAAAGUGUUUAUAGCACUUCUUCCAGCUAACAGCAGCAAUAUGUCGCUUUUAUUUGACUCCAAUGAGAAAAUGGACUUUACUGCCUUUUAUCAACAGGAUUAGGGAUUUGUACCUACAACAAGCUAAUGAAUAAGGAGAGAAUGGCUGCCGUUAAUUAACCUUCAUAUUUAAAUAAUAAAGUAAGGUUACAUUGUUACACAAAGGUUUACAAUAAUUAAAUGUUUACUCAAAGGAACCUCUAAAUAUUAGUGCCUUUUGUCAUCUUCAAAUCUCUGCAACUGCAAAAACGUAUCCGCUCUGAUGUUAUACGCUAUCAGUGCGUUUCUACCACAGAGACACUGUGGAGAGUCUGUUAGAAAGGGGAGAGAGAGUGAGGGAGUGAUUUCUGAUGCAGCCCCUGGGUCACACAUCCGCCGAUAUCACAACUGGUUUCCACACUUUAUUUUCUACAAAGGUCAUAAUAUACAACGGAAGGAGAACUAACUUAUUUCCAAGCCUUGAAAAGUUAGAAAGUUGCCAAAAAACAUUGUAAUAAAGAUUGAUUGAGCUGGUUUAAACCCUGCUGCUCUUUAACAGAUUGUGAGAUUUGCUGCAAAUGAUGAUAAAUGUUCAUUAUACAGGGACGGGGACACUGAGCUCAGAUCCUUCCACGUCCUCCAAUCAAAGGGAAUUAAAGGCUAGGAAAAACAGCUAAACCUCCGAGUUCAGACCGACUGGUGUUUGACUGUUUAAACAAUAUUUUAAUGAGUGUUUGGACUUGGCUUCAGAAGAUAUUUAAGUUUGUGACUGGAUUAACUGUAAAAGCCUCGAGGGAAUUUCCUUUUGUCUCAUUAGAAGAGAGAUUUCUCGUGGAGAGCAAUACACCAUCUGUUUGAAUAAUGUCUUUAAAGUUCUCACUAAUUAAGUAAUAACAAAUGAUAUGUUUUCAGGAUGCUGUUUAUUACCGUGGACGACUUGUAUGUUUUUGUAUCAUCUCAUGUUUGUGUAUUUUUUCUAAGAGGAUGUUGGUUUUCUUCUGGCUUGUGUGGUGUGCAGAUUUUUACGUUUUUAUUUCCCUCCACUCUCGAUGAUAUUUGGCAUAAUUUCAUUAUCUGAAGAAAACAAAUGAGAGUAUAUGAAGCAUAUGAACAAAAGUAUGUAAUCUCUAGACGUCUGUGUUGUGCUGCCAUCUUGUGGACAGUCUGGAAACAGCAGCAGCAGCUGUUGCGCACUGAUACAUGUAUGUACUAUAGAACCAGUGAUGUCGAAGGAUUAUGCAGUAUGCAUUUUGCAACAUAAUGUGCAAUUUAAAAUAGAUAAUAAAUUUGGGAGUGUUUACCUCUGGCUCUGCUGCACUCUGAAGAUUUGUUCUUGUCUUGUCUCCUUCCUCGCUGACAGCUGAAGCGCCCAUGAGCAAGGCAGUAGAGCUCCAGUCGCUCCUGAGUGAGGAAUGCUGAGGUUGUUCUGAUCCAAGGUCAGAUUGUGUGCUGAACAGUGGUGGGAUGUAAGUGCAUUCACUCAAGUACUGUUCUUAAGUGCAGUUUGAAGUAUUUCCAUUCUGCGCUACUUCUACUCCAUUACUUUCAUCUGACCGCUUUAGUUAGUUAUGUUUUACAUAAAAAAUAAUAAAUAUGUUUAUAUGAUAUGAUGCAUGUACUAUAGUACUAUACUAAAACGCAUCAGUAUCACAUAAAAGUAUAUUGUUAUAUUGAGAUAUUUUCACGUUAUUAUGACAAAAAACAACAACAAUAAACUAUUGUUAUAAUGUGAUACUUACAAUAUAACAUUCUUUAAUUGUCUAUAAUAAGAUUGUGAAAGGAGCCAUUCUGCAGAAUGAGAAAACUUUAGAUUCCUUAAAGUCCCUACAAGGAACUUUCAUCUUGUGUUGGCGGCUCCUCCACUGCCUUGGUGGCUGACGUUGAAAAUAACUUCACAGAACAGCCAAUCUUCUCCCUCGUGGUCUUGUGUGUUUAUGUAAGACAUAUAGAGGCUUCAGUAUUAAACUGAGAUUCUUUCAUAACCAGUUAGAAACUCCCAGUAGUAACUUUAAAUGCAUUUAGUGGAUAAUACACUUCACAGCAGGUUUUAAUAUAGAAUAUAACAGAAAGAAUACAGUGAAAAUAUUUGUCAUAUUAAGUAUUAAAUAACUUUAUUAAGGGACAAUAAAACAUUCUUUCAGCUAUUGGACCAAAGUUGAUCAGUAAGCAAUGUUACCAAUCCUAAACUCACAGACUAAAUAUUUCCUACUUCACUCUUGUGACAGCUGAGAAAAUGAAACUGUGAUGUAAUAUAUGUAUAUCCGUGGUAUCGUAGACGGUAAGAAAACACAAAGCACAGGUGUCGUUAGUCAUCGGAUGCACAUCGUAUGCUACGAUUUUAUUAUUUAGCCAAAACAGCUGGUAUACAUAGAAAAUAGGAGACAGUUAGUAUUCAGGAACAUAAAAACAUAAAGUACAGGAUUCUCAGGAGCCGGAGGUAAAGAAACCCGUCAGCCCACAAAUAAAAAUAACAGGUUGCCAUUACUUCUAGUACCACAGACAGGACUAAUAGAGAAGUCUGAUACCCUCUGGGUAAUGAAGUUAAAGUACCCCUCUUAUACACUUAAAAACUGUUUUAUGGUUGUUCUGGUUGUUUUUUCAGCAAGAAUACUCAAACGUUCAGGAGCAAAUAUGACUGAAGUUAGAUGGAAAGUCCGUCUGUCCUCUUAGCUUUAACUGUGAUGUGUUCAAGGCUGGUGGGAAAUUUCACUGUCUGAGUUGACAAUUUUACAUUCAUGUGCUGUUUUUGAUAAAAAAUCAAAUUGAAAAAAAAAUAAAACUUUAUUAGUAUAUCAGUUAGAAAUUACAAAAAAAAGUCACUUAAUCACUUACGUCAUGUGAGCAUGAGUCAUUAAUAUAGUUAGUGCUGAAUAUUCGACUAUGUGUUUGUCUCCGUUGCAUUGAUAAAUAAUUAUAUAUUUUAUAUAAUAUCAGGGUCAGGGCAAGUUCUUCCAAAAGCAGAUUAUUCAGUCAGGUUUCCCUGGUGUCUGAUUUAAAUUUCCAACCUUUUGGCCCACACGCCACACACACACGCACACGCACACACACAGAGGAUCAAAUGGAAAAAAUAACCUUAUUAGAACUUCAUCAGAAGGGCAAUUAACUAGAGAAUUGCAUCAUGUGCACAUGUUUAAUUAACAUUUUUUGGAUCUUUGGGGCAUUAAUACUGCACUUCCUCUUAUUCUCAAAUAUUUUUUUUUUGCUAUCAUACUCCAAACUCUCUGUGGCUCUCAGAUUUUAAUAACAUUUGUCUUGGCUCCGCUGUGGCAAAAGUAGGUAAUGAAAUGUAAGAAAUGAAAGAAUUAAUUCUCGCCCUGAUCCAGAACUGUAAUAAAAUCCUGUACAGUAUGACAGUAGUGAAUGGCAGUGUUUAAAAACUUGGACAUUUCAAUCACUCAGUGGCUUAUAAAAGUCGUUAAAGAGGUUGUAAAUGCAAUCUGACGAGAUGAUCGGAAAUAUGUGAAAAAGAAUGAUGUCAGGAGGGUGCAAACUAACAAAUAUAAACCAGAAUGAGACACUUUUUGGUCAUAAAAUCAUGUUUUUGUUACUGUGCAUCCAGCUGCCAUCAGUUUACCUACCAUUCAGUGUGAAAUGUAUAAUGUGGCCAACCAGGAAGAUGAUACUGUAUGUAGUAUGAGUCCGGGAUCAGGGCUACAUUCAUUCCAAAUGAGAUAUAUUCCCUACUUUAAACUUACUCCCUUACUUUAGAGUAAAGUGUUAUGUAAAGAUGGGUAAUAUUUACCUGUGAAAGGCAGAUUCUGAAACCAUUUCAGAAGUAAGAGAAAGAAAAGCAGGGCAUCAUUUAGCACAUACUGUAGGAAAUUUGGCAACUUGUCUCAAAUUAAAGACUGAACAUUAAAGUGCGGGGACACACUGACAGCUGACCUUACUUACAGCUCAGAGACAAAAAUGGCCUCCACACACACUGAGGACUGCUGAUUUCUGAUCUUACUCGGCUCUAGAGUGAUAUUAUUUUACCUUCUUGUAUUGUGUAAUAUUUACUAUAAUGAUUUUCUGAUAAUCACUCGUCCAAUCCUCAGUGUGUGUUAGCGUCACUCAGAUCUUGAUAACACACACAGUUACUGAGUCCUCACAGGCUCGAACAUUCAGCUUCAUACGCUUGUUAUCGCAUCAGCUACACGAUUGUAUUCGUUAACCUGCACUGGAGAAUGAACAGGGUGAAAACAGAUAUAAAACAGACAGGCUUCAGUCAUCAUACAGGGAGUCAAACUGCUGUCACACAGAAUAUGAAACAUUAAUGAUCCCUGUAGGGAAAUAUUAGACGACGGACAGCAUCGAAAAUGCAUUCUGGUCCGGUAGAGGCAGACCAACUGAGGGGGAAGUAGUUCCAGUAGAAAAAAAGCAGACUAUUAAAUCUUAUGUUCAACUAAAAAAAAAAAAGACAA